AUGAAAAAUGAAGUUGUGAGUUUUGAUGAAUUUCGCACAUUCUAUGCAAAUGAUCCUUACUUUUCCAAGAUCUUUGAUUCUUUGCGAAGGGGGAAUAGGACGGCUUAUCCAAGUUACAUGAUAAGGGACGGAUUCCUCUUCUAUGGCCUUAAGUUGUGUGAUCCUAGUUGUUCCUUAAGGAAAAAUUUGUUGGUUGAGCAUCAUAAAAUGGGGCAUUUUGGUAAGGACAAGACCCUUGGGUUGCUUCAAGAUGCUUAUUAUUGGGCGGACAUGACCAAGGAUGUGCAAAGUCAUGUGAAGCGUUAUCAAAUUUGUCAAAGGAGCAAGGGGACUGCCACUAAUGCGGGGCUAUAUCUACCUUUACCAGUGUCGGAUGCUCCUUGGCGGUGCAUUAGUAUGGACUUUGUGUUGGGCCUCCCUCCUACUCAAAGGCGGAGUGAUUCUAUCAUGGUAGUAGUGGACUGUUUCUCCAAAAUGACACACUUCAUACCUUGCAAGAAGACCAUGGAUGUUACAAACAUUGCUAAUAUCUUCUUCAAGGAAGUCUACAAGUUGCAUGGGGUGCCUACUUCUAUAGAGAUACUAAAAAAAGCGACAAGCAAUUUCGAUUCAAAAACAGAACUUGAAGAUAGGGGAUUUGGUACAGUAUAUGAAGGUAGACUCCGCGAUGGACGUAUUGUCGCUGUCAAGCGAUUAUAUGAGCAUAAUUUCAAGAGAGCCGAGCAAUUCAUGAAUGAAGUUGAGAUCCUCACGUAUUUACGUCACCAAAAUCUUGUCUCUCUUUAUGGGUGCACAACGCACCAUUGUCGUGAACUCCUACUUGUUUAUGAGUACAUUCCUAAUGGCACCGUUGCCAAUCAUCUCCACGGUGAACGAGUGAAGCCACGUUCACUAUGUUGGACUACCCGAAUGAGCAUUGCCAUAGAAACCACAAGCGCGUUGGCUUAUCUCCACGCUUCAGAUGUCAUUCACAGAGAUGUAAAAACGAACAUCAUCCUCCUUGACAACAAUUUUUGUGUCAAAGUUGCCGAUUUUGGGCUCUCUUGCCUCUUCCCAAAUGAUAUCACUCAUGUCUCCACUGCCCCACAACGGAAUCCUGGAUACGUACACCCUCAAUAUCACGAAUGCUAUCAAUUAACUGACAAGAGCGAUGUUUAUAGUUUUGGGGUUGUUUUGGUUGAGCUCAUAUUAUCCAAGCCUGCUAUGGAUAUCAGUAGGCAUCGACAUGAGAUCAAUUUGUCCACCAUGGCUAUCAACAAGAUCCAAAAUCACAAGUUGCACGAGCUUGUUGAUCCAUGUCUUGGAUUUGACUCGGACUAUGAGGUGAGGAAGAUGAUCACUAAGGUGGCAGAGUUGGCUUUUCAAUGCCUGCAAAAUGAGAGUGAUUCGAGGCCGUUUAUGGAAAAUGUAUUGGGGGUUCUAAAGGGGAUUCAGAGCGAGGAUUGUGCAAUGAAAAAUGCAGAGGUGGUGGAUAUCCACAAAGAUGAUGUUGUGCUGUUGACAAGCGAGUCACCGAUGCUUUCGCCUAGCAGGUGACCAUAUGACCUAAUGCCAGCAGCUAAGUUGUGAAAUUUUACUAAAUUUUCAAAGUACAUAUUGAAGAUUUUUCAGUAGUUGAUGUACAUUAGAUGCUGAGUUUUGGGUGUUAUCUUUUUACUGGAUUUUGUUAUACUGAAGUUGAUGUAUAUAUUGUGUCAUUUCAUUAAAUUGAUUGUAAAAUAGCAAUGCGUUUCAUAUGGAGAUUGAAAUGUAAUUCACUAUUUAUAUACUGCAUGUAACUAAGUCAUGAUUAAAUGUAUCUGUUAUGUGAAUGAGACUAUCUCAUAGAAGUAUUGAUAAUAAGAGAACAUUUUGAUUAAGCUACUUUUUCUUUUUC